AUGCCUCCAAAAUUUUCAUCUUCUGAAAUAGGCAAUUUUGACCGAUAUGUAGAAUAAUUAUAUUAAUGUAAAAUAUUAGCAGAAUAAGAUGUAAAAAUAUUAUGUGAUAAGAUAAAAGAAAUAUUAGCCGAAGAAAAAAAUGUUGCAACUUGUAAGGCUCCAAUAACAGUCUGUGGAGAUGUCCAUGGUUAAUUCCACGAUUUAAUAGAACUAUUUAAAAUAGGAGGAAAGCCUCCAGUAAUAAUCAAAAUUUAAUUUAUAUAAAUUUUAAAAAUAAAAAAGGAUACUAAUUACUUAUUUAUGGGCGAUUAUGUAGAUAGAGGAUCUAAUUCAGUAGAAACAGUAUCUUUAGUAUUUGCUUUGAAAGUAAGAUAUAAAGACAGAAUAGUUUUAUUAAGAGGAAAUCACGAAAAUCGUGAAAUUAAUAAAAUAUAUGGAUUUUAUGAUGAAUGUAAUAAAAAAUAUGGCAACGAAAAUGUGUGGAAAUAUUUUACUGAUGCUUUCUUAUAUUUACCUUUAACAGCAGUUGUAGAAUCAUAGAUAUUCUGUUUACAUGGAGGACUUUCACCUGCUGUAGAAAAUCUAGAUUAAAUUCGUUCAAUUAAUAGAUUUUAAGAUGUGCCACAUGAGGGUCCUAUGUGUGAUUUAUUAUGGUCAGAUCCUGAUGAUUAAAGAACGGGAUGGGGAUUAUCACCUAGAGGUGCAGGAUGGACUUGGGGAUUAGAUAUUUCUGAGAAAUAUAUUCAUUAAAAUAAACUUAAAAUGAUUGCAAGAGCUCAUUAACUUGUUAUGGAUGGAUAUAACUAAGUUCAUUAAAAAAAAUGUGUCACAAUAUUUUCAGCUCCUAAUUAUUGUUAUAGAUGUGGCAACUAAGCUGCGAUAAUGGAAGUAGAUGAUGGAUUGAAAUUAAAUUUCAUGUAAUUUGAACCUGCUCCAAGGACAAACGAACCUCAUGUGACACGUAGAGUUCCAGAUUAUUUUUUGUGAAGAAAUUUUUAUUUUAGUUGUUUCAUUAUUAUAUUUUCUAUUAUUAUUUAUUUAAUUUAAUUU